UCCCGUCAACUACCCCUUUCGAUAUUUACAGGACUACUCACUCCAUCGUAUGUUCUACUGCGACUAGUGAGGAUAUAAACAUGUCAUCAACAGAUACAUCAGCGGACGAAGGUGGAGGUGCAGGUUUCUCUAAGGUGGACGAACUACAGAGUCUACGAGAAGAUUAUGGGCGUCUUCAGACGUACCUAGCGAUUUGUCAAUAUGACCUUGAACAACAACGAACAGAGACACAUAAAUGGUUUCGAGAAGGUUGGGUGUCUAGACGCGCACGGAAGAGACGUGAGAGGGCGGCACUAUUGCGACAACGUCAGCGAGCCGCGGAGCGUCGUCGACUGGAGAUACUAGGCUUGCCCUUGCCCCCGUCGCCAACAGAGUCCGAGAAGAAACGUCGAGAACUUGAUCAGAGCAUAUCAUCCUACCGUCGCCAGAUCAGACGAACUUCAGCCCAACUCCUCGUCGCUGCCGCAGCUGGCCACCAGUAUCGCGAGACAAAUCUAGCAACUAAUCAGGGACUGCUCAUCCAAGGUAUCGACCCAGGCAUCCCACGGCAAUAUCGUGCUUUUGAGACACGUCGUGCAUCUAGUCUUAGCUCCACCGAAGCGGCGGCCAGAGCUGUGAAGAAGUGGAUUAAUGCAAAUAAGGCUAAUCGCGGCGCUAGGACCGGCGAAAGUGAUAGGAGGGUUAGUCUUGAUAGUACGGAUAGCGAUAGCGGAAUAGGCAACUUAACCGUUGCAAUGCUAGCUGGGGUCGAUUCUACGGCCGACGAUGGCGACUGGGCGGACCAGCUCAUGGCCCCUAUCAUACAGAAAUACACGGGUGGCGCUCCGUUAGCAAUGAAGGCGCAAGGAUACUCCUCGUCACCAUCUAAAAAACCGCCAAUACUUUCAGGGGUGCCAGGUCGCCCUGAUGCCCCAAACCCGGAUCUGUAUGACCCAUAUCGAUGGAAACAAAUAGAUUACACGAGUUCGAACCCUGCCCUUCUGAAGAGUGCCAGAAAUAAAUACGUAAACACUCCGGAUAAUACUCCGGUGGGGCUACAGAUUUGGUGGGAGCACGAUGACACAUACCCAACGCUCGAUUCGAUUUUAAAGGUCGAAGAAGUACCCAAUAUUUGGGACCCGGACCGUAGGUUCCUACAAGAAUUAAAGAUGGACAAUAAAGAGCGGCCGCAGUUGGUGGCUGGCAUUGAGACCACAUUAGCGCUCGAGAAGCGGCAGGAUCUGGACCCUAUGUAUAAUGAAGUUGUUUACUCACGGGCUCCCGCCCCCCUCCCCAAGAAGCUCAGUGAUACAGAAAUGAGACGUGGCCCUCUACCAGUACCGCCAGACCUGGAACUAUCAGGCCCAUACGGCUUUGACGUAUCACUCAUUGCAGCGCCUCCCAAGAGCUGGCCAGUUAAGAGUUUGGAGCCAAAGAGCGGCUUCCCAGAGCCUGGGGCACCGCCUCUGCCAGCCGCCAAGUACCAUUACCCCCUUAAAUCGCCUGCUGCCUCGAGCUUUACGUUCUUUGAAGGUAAGGGGGUUGCGGACGUUUUUAAGCCCGGCCCACUUGACGAGCCCGAUCAGGUUCGUGGCAGCCAGGAGCUAGUGGACUUCAGCAAGAAGAUUGAGCCAAGUCAAACUGAACUGCCUUCUGCUUAUGGCCGUGCACCGACCAUAGAGGAAGUUAAACUGUACCGCGAGCAGCAGAAGAAGGCCUCAGAAGACGCCGCGGAGUUUCUGCGCGGAGUAGACCGGAGAACCGAAGCUGCAAUCAAGCGACGAGACAAAGAGUUCCGAGAGGCCCAGCAACGGACUCCGGAAGAGGAAGUCCAACGGCGGGAAAAACAAGCUCGAAGGCAGGCAAGGGAAAUACGAAGACGGGCAAGGCAAGCUAAAAGGAGGGACGAGAAGAGAGCCCGAUCGCGGAAGACAAAGGCUCAAAAGCUCGACAAGACAGGGAAAUUAGAGAAGGAGGAUCAAUUUUGGCAUUACUACGAAAUGGAAGAUAAAGAUUCUUUCGUACACGUCAGGAAGAGAAACAAGAAAGGUGCUUCGAAGGGUCCUAAAUUAUCUACAAUUCAAGAGGAGUCGUCUGAAUAUUCCGACCCAUCUGCUGGUAAGAAGAAGCCGACAAAAAAGAGACCUGCAACCAAAAAGAAGGAUUCUAAAGGGUCUGAGACAAAGUUCCCGGAUCCUACGAAACCUUCUUCCAAAUAAGAAUCAUCCCAAUCGUCUAGCUCCGAUAAUGGGGAUCCUCCAAAAUGACGACUCUAGGUCAUCCGAGUCGUCUGAGUCGUCUAAAUCGUAGAGUUCAAAGGACCAGAAACGAGUAUGUCCUCAUUAGAUUAGCAUUACUUCUAUUAUGUAAAGUGGAAUGGAUGGAUGAGUAUGAAUCCAUUCCGUGUAAUAAUUGAGUCUUUCACUACUUUUCUAUUUCUUCCCCAUGGUAUAUAAUGGCCUUUGGAUAUAUCGUGAUGUUUAGGAGCCGAACCAGACGGCCGAAUGCGCGCCUCUCAAGUUUUGGUUUAAUUUGGGUAUCAUUACUUAUAACUACGCAAAU